UUUUUUCGUUUCAUACUGCAUGACAAACUGUUAUGGCGGAUUGUGUCGAAAUGCAUGUGUGAUGACAUGUAAAUAAAUGUUGAAGAUUGUACAUCUAAUUAGUGAAAUUGUAUAAAAAAGUGUAUAUUUUAUUUGGUUUAUAAUUUGUUGAAAAGAUUUAUAUAUCUCUCAGGAUAGAGACAUUCCCUGAAAAACUAGGAGAGAUACUUGUUGCUUCGAAACGAUAAGUGUGCUCCAAUAAUGUCAACGUUUCUACAAUUCAACUGUCUCAUACACGAUAAAAUUGCCAAAAAAGCAAUAGACAACUAUAUCGGAAUUUUGCAAGAAGCAUUCGAGCAAUAUCAAAAUUUGUGGGAAAAUUACUUAAAGUUGCAAGAGAAAUAUGAACAAUGCAAUGUACGUUCUUCCUUCCGAAUGAUGGUUGAUGAACCCUGCACAAAAACAGAAGACGAUCUAACACCUCAAAGACAGUUGAAUAAUAGCAGUAUCGCCCAAGAAGAAAGUGUUUCAUUGUUGGAAUUAGAUACAUUAAACAUAGCUUCUGUUAAUUUUAAAUCUAACAUUGGACCCGACUCUCUUGCACAUCUGAAAGAAUCUCCAUGCAAAGACACUGACGAUAAAAGCCCAUCAAAAAGUCCAGUAUUCUCCGGGAAGCGUCAAAGGAUCGGCGGUAUUUCUGUAAAGAAAUUCGCACAAUUGCCUACAGCAGAUUUGUCGAUUUGUAAGAAUUUAGCAGCAGACAUGAAGACACAUAGUAAUUCUGAAAAAAUUCCCUUAGAAUGUAAUCAGAAGUUAGAGCUUAGUACAUCACAUCAUGUGGAGACGACAUUUCUAUCAGAUGGAAGAAGAUUGAAGCAAUCUCGGCUUGUAUUUCAACCAAUCAAGUGUACCAAAAAGAUGACAUCUCUAAGUGUACCUAAGCCAGCCAGUGUAGUGUCAAAAGUAGAACAAGAAUCUCUAGAAGAUAUUUCUGUAGCAAAGGCAUCUGUUACUACAGAAAGUAAUGUCGCAAAUACCAAUGAAACUUUUGAGGAUGUAAUAGAGAUCAGCCCUACGCAGAAAAAUAUUACAUUUAAUAAGACUACGCACCGUUUAAGACUUAAGAGAAAAACUCUUGCAAGGCAAACAAAAGAUCCUCAGAAUAAAUAUAAAUGCUAUGAGCCUGUUUCUAAUCUUCCAGAGAUAACAAUAGAUACUGUGGAUUUUGCAUUAUGUCCUUCGCCAAAACAUGUUUCUAUAGAAGUGGAAGAUGAUAAACCGUUGGUUGAAAACAUGACUAAUACUGUAAUUAAUACACCGAGAAAUAAAGUUAAUGUAAAUAGUUUUUCACCAGUGAAAAUGUGUAGCAAUGCUCCAAUUAAAAAGGAAGAUCAACUGACAGUAAAUAUUGUACAAAAUAGUGCAGAAAAGAAAAAUAAUUUUACCUAUGAAGAUGAUAGCUUCUUUCUGUCUACCCAGCUAGUUUUAAAUAAAAAUGACAUGGAUCAUUUCAAUUUAGAUGAUACAGAGAACAAGCCACCUAUAAAAAAAGGAUUACCGAUUAAAAACAUACUGUCAAAGAAAAAGGAAGUUUCAGAACAGCUUAAUAUGCGAUGCAAAGCUGACAGAGCAAAACUUAAUGGUUGGGAUUGCUGGGAAUGUGAAAAAUAUUACAAAAAUCUGCCACUGUCAAAGGAUGAAUUGCAGAAAAGAAAGAAUCAAUGUUCGCGGCACCGGCAUAAGUACGAGAGACCAAAUACACCAGAAGGAUUUUGGGAUCCAGAAUUUCCUGAGACGUCAAGCACAUAUCGGCAAAAUAAUACGUGAGGUACUUGAUCCUUGAAAUAGGCCGCGUCUGAAUGAGCAGAAAGGGAUGUACGCGAUGAUAAUAAAACGGUAUCACCUUAUAGAGUAGCGAUAAGACAAAAAUAAUACACCACACUUGAGAUUAUCUCAACAUAUGUAUGUAUAUAUACGUUUCUUCAAGUC